GUCUAGGAUUUCAGCCUUGAUUCUCUUUUGGUCUUUUCCAAUCUCCACUCUCAUUUUUUGGCUUUUUCCUCUUUAAAAACCCCACACUUGUUUUAAAAGGACUAAAUAGAUAGAGUUAAAGAGGGGGAUGUGUCACAUAUUUCUUGGACUAUUUAGCAACAACAAAGGGUGUCUCACUACUCACUACUAACAAUACUUGUCUAGUGCUUUUGCUCAUCAUUCCCAAACACACACACACAAAAAAAAUCCCAUUUGAUUUGAUUUUUUUUUCUUUCUGUUAGACAUAGAAAAAAAAAAAAUCAAAAUGGAUUAUGGUAUGAUGGGAGGUGAUUCAGAAUGUAGUAGUGGUUGUGAGUCUGGUUGGACUUUAUACUUGGAAAAUUCUUAUAUAACUUGUUGUAAAGGUGAAAAGAGUUUAAAGCAAAAACAAGAAGAAACAGAGGAAGAAGAAGAUUUGUCAAUGGUAUCUGAUGCAUCUUCAGGACCUCCAAAUUUUCAUCAAGAAGAAGAAUAUGGACAUAAUAAUAUUAUUAAUGGUGCUCAUUAUUAUGCACCAAUUAGUAAUCCAAAAAGGCAGAAAUCUAAGGAUAAAAAACAAAAACACAAACAAAAACAACUUUCUGUACUGGAUGAUACAGCUAGUUCACCUAUCUUUGAUUUCUCCAAUAACAAUUUCAGUAAUAUCAACAACAACAACAACACAAAGUCAGUGGAAAAUAAUGUAUUGGAUUUUUCACAAGGUUAUUCUGCAACACAUUUUCAGGGGAGAUCUACAUACCAAGAACACUAUGGUUAUUUCCAGUCAUCUUUACUACCUGGAAACAAAUUUCAAGAAAAUCAAUGGUUUGAAGAGAAGAGGUGGGGAUAACAGCUAUCAGUUUUUUUUUUUUUUAAUUAAAAAAAGUGCUGAUGUUAAAUUGCAGCCAAGUGAAUGUUUAGAAAGUGGGAAGGAGUUAAAUUUGUCAAAGCAAAAGGAAUUGAAUCUCCAAAGGGAUUCUUGUUCCUUUUUCUUUUUUCUGUUUUUUUUUUUUUGGUUUUCUUUUGGCUGUCAAUGCAUUGGGAAACAGCUUUAAGAGAAAAAAAAUGGGAGUUAAUUUCCUCUCUAAUUAUCUUGUUUGUCAAUGAAUAGUAGCUACAGUUUAGCUCUUCUUAA